AAAAUAUUCGGAUAAAAUGCUAGCUUCUCACGUGACUCCAUGACAACGUUUGCAAAUGGCUGCGCCCAUGGUCUUUUAUUAAAUUUCACUUUAAGUUGAUAUUUCUUUGUUAUUUACGGACAAAAAUUACAGUUUAACAAUGCCAGGAGAGAAAAAAGGACAGAAGAAAGUGGAAGAUGGUCCACCUGCCAUUCUGUCAGGAACUUUUGUGUUCCCAAAUGGAGACAAAUACGAGGGUGAAUACAUUCAAGAAGAUGGCAGUUAUCAUCAGAAGCGGGCAAGGUGUUCAUACAACAAAACUGACGGCAGUGUUUAUGACGGUGAAUGGGCAAAUGGACAAAAUGAAUGGAAUGGCAAAUUGUCACAUCAUUUGGCUCAUUCUAUACAGGGAGAAUUUGUCAACAACCAGUUCCACGGCCAUGGAGUUUAUACAUGGCCCAAUGGCUCCAGCUACGAAGGAGAAUUUCAUGAAAAUAGAUUAGAGGGUAAAGGCAAUUUUACAGACACAGAAAAUCAGAUGUGGACCGGACCAGUCCGC